AUGAAGACAGCACAAUGCAUCAACACAACAGUCGAUGAUCCACGCAGUCCCCUCUGUCCACAGCACAUACAGUUGCUACCUGCUGGGCGGAGUUGACGUAAACACCGGUGCUACAUGCUUCAGCCUCAGUCCAGCCGAGCUGCAGGAGAGGCCAUGCGCGACUUGACAGCACCGGAACCGCAGAAGAAAGGCCGCCGGCAGCCGCGGGUGACCGUGCAACCGGAGGCUAUGAGCGCUGCGGGUCGCUAUGUUGUGUUGACAGCCCUGUGUGUCCUGUGCUACUGCAACUCUCUCCGCGGGGAGUUAGUGCACGACGAUGUUUGGGCUAUCAUCAACAACCCGGACGUCAGACCGGGCUCAAGCCUAAUAAACAUCUUCAGCAACGACUUCUGGGGCAAAAUGAUGGCGGACAAUACGAGCCACAAGUCCUACAGACCGCUCUGCAUCCUCUCCUUCAAGUUGAACAUCCUGUUGGGCGGAAUGACACCUCUGUAUUUCCAUAUGGUCAAUGUGUGUUUCCACUGCGCUGUAACCUGCCUGCUCAUGCACACAUGUAAAAGCUGUGUGUUUGAAGACUCGCGUUUGGCUUUCAUCACAGCACUCCUCUUUGCUGUGCACCCUGUCCACACUGAAGCCGUGUCUGGUGUUGUGGGCAGGGCUGAUGUUUUGGCCUGUCUGCUGUUCUUGCUGACUUUUCUUUCCUAUGUUAGAAGUGUGGGUGUGUGUGUCUCAGAGGACUCUCUGCCCUCCACCAUGUCAGCGUGUUCUCUGAUUGUCAGUUUGUUGCUGGGCACCUGCGCCAUGCUGAUCAAGGAGACAGGCAUCACAGUGUUUGGAGUGUGCGUGCUCUAUGACGCCCUGGUCCUCUGCUGCAAGCCUCUUAUUAAUCACCUGUAUAGCUCCAGACCAGGCAACCUCCUCUACAUCUGCAGCCCCUUCGUCAAACGAGCCUGCCUAAUCUCAGGAUAUGUGGUGCUCAUCAUGUCAGUCAGGCUGUGGCUGAUGGGAGGAUCCAUGCCUCUCUUCUCUGAACAGGACAACCCCGCCUCCUUCUCCCCUCACCUGCUUACCAGGAUUUUGACCUACUCUUACCUGCUGUCAUUUAAUGCCGGGUUGCUGCUUGCCCCCAUCGUGCUUUGCUACGACUGGCAGGUGGGGAGCAUUCCCCUGGUGGAGUCGUUGAGUGACUUUCGCAACGUGGCUGCCAUGCUGCUGGCCAUUGUAAUGGUUGCACUUUGCCUGCACUGCGUCUUCUCACUGCAGAGACAAGAGAGCAGGGAGGUGUUGGUUGGAGUGUUGUUUCUGGUGUUUCCAUUCAUUCCUGCCAGUAACCUUUUCUUCAGGGUUGGAUUUGUUGUGGCCGAAAGGGUUCUCUACAUGCCGAGUAUGGGUUACUGUAUCUUAGUGGCUCAUGGCAUGGGUCGGUUGUGUGCGGUGGUAGGCCGCUGGGGCACCACAGUCCUCAGUGUCUCCAUGCUGUUGCUCCUACUUCUCUUCUCCUGGAAGACCAUCCAGCAGAACCAUGUCUGGCUAACCAGGAGGCCCUUUUUCAGGUCUGGUAUCCAGACUCUGCCUCACAAUGCCAAAGCCCACUACAACUAUGCCAACUUCCUGAAAGACAGUGGCCGACACGAGGAGGCCAUUCACCACUACACCACUGCCCUCAGGUUAUAUCCUCGUCAUGCCAGUGCCAUGAACAAUCUUGGCACUCUGACACACUGCUCAGAGGAGGCCGAGCACUUCUAUAGGAAAGCACUGGACACCAACCCUCAACAUAACCGCGCUCUCUUUAACCUGGGCAACCUCCUCAAGUCCCAGGGGAAGACAAAAGAGGCUGAGGUUCUGCUGAUGGACUCCAUAAACUUCGGUGCCCAUUUUGCUGAUGCUUACUCCAGUCUGGCAUCACUUUAUGCUGAACAGAAACGCUUUCCUGAAGCCAAUGAAGUGUAUCUGAAAGGCAUAGAGAACUGUCCAGACAAUUCUGACCUGCAUAAUAAUUAUGGUGUGUUUCUGGUAGAUACAGGAGAAGGAGCGCUAGCAGAAGCUCACUACUUGCAAGCAGUUCGACUCAAACCAGCACACUAUGUUGCUAUGGUGAACCUGGGCCGCCUUCUCAGAUCAUCCAAUGAGAAUGAAGCAGCGGAGUCUUGGUACAAGAGGGCGCUGCAGAUAACAAGGAAGGUGGACAUCCUGACACCGCUUGGAGCACUGUACUACAACACAGGCCGAUUUGAGGAGGCUCUGCAGGUGUAUAGAGAGGCUGCAGCCCUGCAGCCAGACAACACAGAUAUUUGGCUGGCUCUGGCUCAGGUUUUAGCCAUGGUCAGCCAUACCAUAGAAGCAGAGAAGAUGACCUUGGACAUCAUAUCCAGAGAAGGCAGCUGUAUUGAAUGUUACAGACUACUGUCUGCCAUCUACAGCAAGCGUGGCAACUUUACAGAGGCCCUGGAUGCUCUGGAUAGGGCCCUGCAGCAGAAUCCCAGUGAUCUGACAGUAAGAGCAGAGCUGUAUUUCUCCAAAGGAAACCAGCUCAGAGAGAUGAACCAGCUGGACCGGGCCUUUGAGAGCUACAAACUAGCGGUUGAACUCAAACCUGACCGGUCCCAGGCCUGGAUGAAUAUGGGAGGGAUUCAACACAUUAAGGGAGAUUAUGCAGCAGCCAGGAUGUACUACCAGCGAGCCCUGCUUUUGAACCCUGGUUCCAAACUUCUGAAGGAAAACUUGGCCAAGCUGGACCGGCUAGAAAGGAAACUGACAGUCGAGGCAUAGACCACCACAGUCUGAAAGAUGCUGCAUCAUCAUGGGUAUAGAUCAAGGGAGGAAGACACUGCCCACACUUCUGGAGCCAGUCUGGACAAAAUAGACUUGGAUUUGGAUGGACUUGUUAAGACUGUAGGGUGUUUGGUGUGUUGGAGUAAGGAGAUGGGUCAUGCGACAGUCCAGAAACCUUUUGCUUCAUGUGUUUCACGAAGGGAAUGAAAUUCAUUCUUCACCUGUCUUCAUUCUUCACCUGCCUCAGCCACCUUCAUCUCAGGUGGCUGAGGCAGUUCCUAAUCCUCCUGAGAGGGGUAGAGAGAGAGUGAAACUCCAAAUUAUACAAAGAUAUAACUGUUGAAAGCCAAGUAAAUGGACCAUAAAGUUUGGAUCUUUGUUUUGCAAAUGAAGGGAAUGGUUGACACAAGAUUAAUUUGUGUCUGUUUGAACUUGCAGACCUGGUAUUAGCCUAGGGCCACAUGCACCAAUAUCUUCUUUAGAAUUUUCUUUAAUUUGUUCUUAAGAAGUUUCCGUAGAAAACUCGAUUCAUGAUGCAAUCUUAAACUGCAGAAUUGUUUGCACCUGAAUUCUUAUAUUGAUGAAUGACAUGUCAUGUAAUUAGCAUAAGAUGGUGGCCACUUGUGACUGCAUCUCUCACGACAGAUGUUAAUAUCAGGUAUUCCAUGUUCAUUUGACUUCCAUUAUUCAGAACUCUGUACAACCUGAUGUAAUAAGGCUUCUUCAAGUAUAAUAAGUGUGUCUGGGUGAGAUUUGUGGAUUCAUGCAGACCAAAACCUUUGAAGCUUGCCAUCAUGCUAUAUGUGGGAAUACAAUUGGAAUACUAAAAUAAUAAAUGAGUAAAUAUAAUGGUUGGAAAUAUAAAGAUAAAUAAAGAGAAUAAGUAAAUGUGAGAUAUGAAGACAAAUUGGCAAUUAUAAAAUAAUAAUUAUAAGCAUUUUCUCAUUUAUUUCUGUAUAUAUAUUAUACGUUAUAAAAAAAAUUGUAUUGUAUAUAGAGGGACUUGCUAUUUUUUAAAGAAUUUAAAACAAUAAA